GUACACGGUUUCUCCACAAUUCUCCACACUGUAACGGUCACCAUUUUCCCUCUUCUAUUUAUCUCAUUUCUCAUUCCGCCAUUUCUGUACCUUCAGCCUUUCCAUCUCUCUCUCUCUAAACCUUUUUUUUUUUUUCAAUGGCGUUCUCUAGGUCUCUCUCACUUUCUCUCUGCAUUUUCCUCCCCUGCUUUCUCUCCCUUUCUCAAGCUUACACGUUCUACGUCGGUGGAAAAGAUGGGUGGGUUCUCGAUCCCUCUGAGAGCUACGACAAUUGGGCUAAUCGAAACAGGUUUCAAGUCAAUGACGUUCUGGUGUUCAAGUAUGCAAGAGGGUCGGAUUCUGUGUUGGUGGUGAGUAAAGAGGAUUAUGAUAAAUGUGAUUUGAAUAAUCCGGUUGUGAAAUUGGAGGAUGGGAAUUCGGAGUUCAAAUUUGAUCGUUCUGGAGCUUUCUAUUUUGUUAGUGGGAAACCGGGCAGCUGUGAAAAUGGCCAGAAAUUGGUGGUGGUUGUUAUGUCUCUGCGCUCUCUUCCUCCGCCCUCCAAGGUGGGCUCGCCGCCACCUUAUGGAGCUCAGCCGCCAGAGGUUUCUCCCUCUCCGCCGGGAGCAGAAUCGCCUUCGCGAACACCCACUUCACCUUCUCCAUCUGGGGCUACAUCUCCAGGGAUGGCUCCGGUACCUCCAUCUGCCUCUCCGCCGUCGGAAACACCUAGUUCGUCGUCGCCGUCGUCGGGGACACCUAGUUCCCCGCCAUCGUCAGGGACACCUAGUUCGCCUUCGCCGUCGUCAAUGACACCUACUUCGCCGUCGCCGUCGCCGUCGUCAUUGACACCUACCUCGCCAUCGCCGUCGCCAGGGACACCUACUUUACUAUAUCCGCCGUCGGAAACUCCCACUUCACCGUCUCCUUCCGAGUCUUAUUCUCCCCGUUCGUCGUAUCCCGGAGCUCAAUCUCCUUAUGGUUCUCCGCCGUAUGGGUAUGGGUAUGAAACUCCGCCGGCCGCUUCUCCCACUUCUGGGCAUGGGUACCCUGGAGCAAGAUCUCCGUCAGCCUCAUACACUUCGCCGUCUCCUUCUGGUUACGAAACUCCGCCGGCCGCUUCUCCCACUUCUGGGUAUGGGUACCCUGGAGCAAGAUCUCCGUCAGCCUCAUACACUUCGCCGUCUCCUUCUGGUUACGAAACUCCGACGACGACACCCCCGGCCGGUUCUCCGACUUCCCCAUCACCGGGAGAAAUCUCUCCGUCGGUAUCACCCUCUUCACCGCUUCCCGGCGGCACCGCAGUCUGGUGGUUCUCCGGUAAGUUCCCCGCCGUCUCCACAGUCAUCUUCCUCAGGACCGGCACCAUCGCCGACUGGAUCGUCCGCCAUAUCUUCAACUCCGUCAGUAAUUUUGUUAGGUUCCAUAACAGUGGUGUUAAGCAUGGUCCUCAAUGGCGGAAUGAUUAUGAACUUCACUUAAACAACAACAACAAGAAGAAGGAAGAAGAUGAAUCUCAUUUUUAUUUUUAUUAUUUAGUAUUUGUGAAUAAGUUUUAGAGAAAUUUCUCCAAUAAUAUGGCUUCCUUUUUUUUCUUUGUA